AUGUUAUUAGAACGGCGAAUCCAGCCGGAACUUCUUGUCGAACGAUCAGAGCAAAACUCGGCGCCCUUCGAAAGCUUCUCAGACGUAUGCAACCAGAAUUUGACAAAUGUUAUCCGGCAACUUUCCUGCCUCGCCGGCCAUGCGGAAGAAAUCCUCGGCGAGCAUGCUGGCGAACUUUGGGUUCGAAACGAACGAAUUCGCAAAAUAUCCGUUCGCGUAGAUGCACUCACGGAGAAAAUUAAAAGUCUAAAUCCGAAAACAUCAGCGCAACUUCAAAACACGCCGCGGCGGGUCGUCUCCACUCCUCCUUUCAGGUCGCCCUCUCAUGUAGAACGCCGUCUCUUCGCCAUCAAAAGCCGUCCACAAAGUGUAGUCAGACUGCAGAGACAGCGUUUAUUUUAA